AUGAGAAAAAGCAAGGUGAAAGAGCUGUCAAUGAUCGUAAACGUUUCGUUUGAAGAAGCAGUUGACAGUUUGCGAGGUUUUUCUAUCAUUAUUUUAAUUUUAAUUGAUUCACAAUUAUAGAAAAUGAUUGGGACAUAAACUCAGCAUCGCAAAAACUUGCUGUCCUAGUGCCCUGCAGUUCAAAAGGUGAGCUUUUUAGGAUUUUAAAUAUUUGAGAAAAAAUAAAACUUCAGAGGAAUUUUUACGAGGAAGAGCGCAAAAUAAGCCGAACAUCUCCACGACACGUUCCCGGCUACGCUUUUUAUUUACCGGAUUUGGAACGGCUUCCAGUGGAUUUUCGGAAUUUCCUGGAAAAAGACCUAAUUGAAGCGUCCACACAAAGACGGCUGGAGAAUUCUAGUGAAUUAAAGAUUUUGAACUUUCGAAAAUCUUUUUCUUUAGAACAUCUUAAUUGGUGGCAUCAAUUUGGGCAAAAGCUGUACCCCUUAUCAACAACCGGAGAUGGGAAUUGCCUUCUUCACGCCGCUUCUUUAGGUAAAUUAGUGAUCAUUUUCAUUGAAUGACAUAGUUUUCAUUUUUUUUUUUCAAGGCAUGUGGGGUUUACACGAUCGCCAACUAACAUUACGGGAAACUCUUUACGAAAUGUUGAUGAAAGGCUCGCGUAGAACUGCCCUUUGGAGACGUUGGAAGUGGGCCGAGCAUAAUGCGAUUCACGUUAGUUUUUUUUCCUCCUUUUUUAUGUUCUUAUCGUCAAUAUUCAUCAAUUUUUUUGUAAAUUGGAACAAAUUCUUGAAAAAAAUAUUUUCUAAGGGAACAAGAAGAAUUUGAUUUUUAAGUAAGACCUUUUUCUCAUUUAUUUUUUAAAUUUAGAUCUUAUUUUUUUCUGAUUAAAUACUAUAUUUUCCUAUAUUUUUUUUAGUAGUCAUGUUUAAUCACUUUCCAAAAAUUUCUGACCGAAAUUUUCGUCAAAGAAAUUUUUUUAAGCGCUUUUAAAAAAACAACUCUUUGAAAAUGGCUUUUUUUAUUCAUUCUAUUGCUUCUCCUUACAAAAAACCUGUUUGAUUUGAAUUUUUUUUUGAAGAAAUGCUCUGUCGAGGAUCUUUUCUAUUUCAUUCCUGUGAUAAAAAAAGCUUCAAAUUUAAAAAUCAACUCUUUUUUUUAGUCCAGCGAACUCGCACUAACAUUAUCCGACGAAGAGUGGGAACAAGAAUGGAACAGUAUUAUUUCUCUGGCCUCACCCAUCCCAAGGUACUCUGAUAUCCAUGAUCAUCAUCUAUUAACUUUUCGAUUUUGUAGAAAACAAGACGAAACGAGGUCGGAUUCGACGGAUCAAAUCUACGAAAGCCUCGAGUCGAUACACGUUUUUGCGCUGGCGCACGUCUUGAAACGUCCUAUUAUCAUUGUUUCCGAUACGGUGAGCAGUGGAAAAGCUCGAAAAAUACUGAAAAAUGUUGGUCAAGGUUCUGAGGAACGCGAAAGGCGAGGAACUUUCGCCGGUACUUUUUGGUGGGAUUUACCUGCCCCUCGAGUGUUCACCGGAGCAAUGUCACAGGUAUUUUCUUACCCUUUUCGAUGCUCAUCUUUAUUUUCUCUCAAUUAGAUCGCCACUCGUCCUUUGUUACGAUUCCGCUCAUUUUUCUCCGCUCGUUCCAAUGCGUCAUGAUACUAACCUACAACGUGAGUUUUUCAAACUUUUCUAUAUUUUCUUCAUUUUCGCGAUUUCAGAGAUAAUCCCCAUUCUUGAUGCCAACAGGAACCUUCUACCGGUACACUACGCCAUUGACCCUGGUCCUGACUUUACGUGGUGAGAUUCUAGUUUAAAUGUGAAUUAUACUAUAGUAAUUCGAUAUAUUCAUCGUUUUCGUUUCAAAUUUCACUUUUUAAAAAAAUAUUCAAAAUGAUGAAGGUCUUUUAAAAAAACUGCUACAAUCGUUUUCAGCUGUUUUCGAGACGAAUACUCCAAAAAAAAAGAGUACAUUUUUUUCUUUACUUUGCGUGUUUGAUUUGUAGUUCUAGCGUGUCUUUUUUUAAUGUCUACAAAGGAGGAAAUAUUUCAAAAUAUUAUUGAUCCACUUCCUCUAAAAAAACCGAAAAAUUUUUCCUAUUUUUCUUAUUCGAAAUUAUAUGUGUUUUUACAUUUUUGAUUGAAAAUAAGAAUCAUAUAAAGAAAAAGAUACGGAAAAAACCAUGCGAAAUCACUAAUUUAAAAUCUCCCGAAUUUUUUUUUCCAGCGAAAGCUGUUAUUCGAUGCGAAGAUUCUGCAGGUGGAGGGACGAGGCGGACAUGCAGAUCGCGUCGCGACUCAACAUGACCGAGACGGACAAGUUGUCUCUCGUCAGCGAGUACAUGGACAUUGUGCGGCUGGAUCUGCGACGCGGCAGUGUUCGCAGCAGUCGCCGCGUUCGCAGCGCCCUCUCGCCAGCGCCUCCCGUCAACUGCGACGCGACGCUGGUAGAGGCCUCAGUCGCGCCUCCGGCCACCACCAAAAAAGGGAUGACGCUCGCGUCGUCGGGAAUCUCACAAGGCCGGCACGAGAAGCGCCGGAUCUUCGUCGAGAUCACCCAGCACAUUCUGAGGACUCUCAAGUUCUCGAAUGGGAAGCACAAGGAGAAGUGCAUCACGGCGGAGGAAUGCGUCAACACGAUGAACAAGACGACGUCCGUCUUGGCCGCCCAGUUGGCCACGUCAUCACACGAAUACAUGGACGUCAUGGUCAGAGAGUACAUGAAAAGCGCCCAGCAGCGAUUCCAGCAGAACCACAAAUCGGUGAAUUUCGAUAGAAUCAUUGAGAAAAACCUCCAAUCAUUCUCGGGAUAGAUUGUUACGAAACAAAAUAAAAUUUUUGCAGACCACCACAACAGAUGGCCGAAAACGGAUAAGCAGGUCAUUUAGCGCUUCUUCCCUAAUGAUCACCUGCAUCAACAACUCUUGUAACCAGGUAAAAAUUGUUAAGCGACUACUUCAAGUAAUCCCUUGGGUGGGUCUUCAAACAAGUAAUUAACAUCCCUCUCAAGUGAUCACUUUUACUUUGAAGAAUUCUUGAACUCUCUUAAGUGGCCACUUCGCAUCACGUUUUACCCAUUUCCAGCCCGCCUCGCAAGCCACCAACUUCCUCUGCGACGAGUGCUUCGCGCAGCAGAAGCUUCUGAUGAUGUCAUUCAACUGCGAACGACCAAACCUUCUGAGACGGCCGCCCGUCUCGAUGACGGCGGCGGCUGCGACAGUGAAGAGCACGACGAUGCCGCUGCUCAACGGUCUGUCCAACGGGAACACCAAAGUCGGCAACACCUCGCCAGUCCUCGGCGUCACCUCUCGCGAUGGAUCGUCCAAAACUAGCAAGUUCGUGUUUUUUUUUGUGAAGAUGAAGCUACAGGAGUUCUUGAGAAUCGAAUACAAGAAAAAUAAUAGUCUUGAAAAAUUUUGAGAACUUCUAAAAAAAAAAAACUUGGAAAGAGUUAGAGCUUAUUGUAAGAGUCCUGUAGAUGACCAAAUUUUUCAAUAGAUUAAUAAUCUUUAAUUCAACUCAAGCCUCUUCUUUUCUAACGAACAAGUGUGCUCUAUAGACAAAGCCAAGAAAUCCCUUGAUAUAGCUGAUUCACGGCCAGCUUGGGACGAUAAGAGGGCGUGUCCUGUCUGCGCUCUUCACGAACCAGGCACUGUCUCGUCCAUUAUCGUGUCAGGACCCUUUUUUCAAUGGCUCAAGCCAGCCGUGAAUCAGCUAUACUUCUUUUUUUUGUGUUGGAUUAAUUUUUUAUGGAUCAUUUCUUAUUUUCCAAUCAUGAAAGUUUCGAAACUUGUAAAAUUCUAAUUUUCAGCGUUCGAGCGGUGGAAGACGCAGACGGCGUCACUCAUUACUUUGUCUCUGAAGAGAAUUUGGCCGUUAACUGA